AUGGGUAUUCCAAAAUUUUUUAGGUACAUCUCUGAGAGAUGGCCUAUGAUUUCUCAAUUGAUUGAUGGGACCCAAAUUCCAGAGUUUGACAACCUGUAUCUCGAUAUGAAUUCCAUCCUGCAUACUUGUACUCACGCCAAUGACGACGACGUAAAGAAGCGGAUGUCGGAGGAGGAGGUGUUUUCAAAGAUCUUUGCAUACAUCGACCAUCUAUUUCACACCAUUGGCCCCAAACAGACGUUCUACAUGGCUAUUGAUGGUGUUGCGCCUAGGGCAAAAAUGAACCAGCAAAGGGCUCGUCGUUUCAGGACGGCUAUGGAUGCCGAAAAAGCACUCGAGAAAGCUAUCCGCGAUGGGGAAGAAAUACCUAAGGGGGAACCUUUUGAUUCGAAUUCCAUCACGCCGGGGACAGAGUUCAUGGCAAAAUUAACGGAGAACCUAAAAUAUUUCAUCCAUGACAAAAUAUCAAACGAUUCUGCAUGGAGUUCCACUAGUAUCAUCCUUUCAGGCCACGAGGUACCUGGUGAGGGUGAGCAUAAGAUAAUGGAGUACAUCAGAAGAAUGAGAGCGCAACCCGACUACAAUGCAAACACUAGACAUUGCAUCUACGGUUUAGAUGCGGAUUUGAUAAUGUUGGGUCUCUCAACGCACGACCCCCACUUCGCAUUACUAAGAGAAGAAGUAACUUUCGGUAGACGUCAAAAGGCUGCGCCUUUAGAGUACCAAAAUUUUUACCUUCUUCACAUUUCAAUGUUGAGAGAAUACUUGGAACUCGAAUUUAGAGAAAUCGCCGAUGACUUACAGUUUGAGUAUGAUUUCGAGAGAAUUUUGGAUGAUUUCAUUCUGGUUAUGUUCGUGAUUGGUAACGAUUUCCUGCCCAAUUUGCCAGACUUGCAUUUGAACAAAGGUGCUUUCCCUGUUCUUUUGCAAACUUUCAAAGAAGCCUUGAAGCACACAGACGGCUACAUAAACGAACAAGGGACAAUUAACUUAAGCAGAUUCCAAGUUUGGCUGCAAUACCUCUCUGAAUUUGAAAUGAUGAAUUUCGAAAGAGAGGACAUUGAUGUUGAAUGGUUCAACAAGCAACUCGAAAACAUAUCUCUGGAAGGUGAAAGAAAGAGGGCGAGAGUGGGCAAAAAACUGCUUCUUAAACAACAAAAGAAAAUUGUUGGAAUGAUCAAACCUUGGUUAUUAAAGACAGCUUCUCACCCUUUGGAUGUCAAUAACAUCAGUGAGGAUCAAAUUCCUACUCUUACCCUUGGUGAUGAGAUAAUAAAAGAGAACCUCUCUUUCUUGAAAGAGGUGGCAUUCGACUUGGGUCUGUUUGUGGCUCACUCUCAAUCAAAGGACAAUUACUUUUUACAGCUUGAUGUUGACGGUAUAAAUCCACAUGAAUCUCAAGAAGAACGCGACCAGCGUAUUAUGUCGCUUAGGAAAUCCAUCAAGAAGUAUGAACAGGCCAUUCUUGUUGAAGAUAGUGAAGAGCUAGAGGAGGAGCAAAAAAUUUAUAAUGAGAGGUUCGAGAAGUGGAGAGACCAAUAUUAUAGAGAAAAGUUGGGAUUUAGUUACUAUGAUGAAGACAAGCUCCGGGAACUUACCGAGACUUACGUUGAAGGUCUUCAAUGGGUAUUGUUCUAUUAUUAUAGGGGUUGUCAAUCAUGGUCAUGGUACUACAAAUACCACUACGCGCCACGUAUUUCCGACGUGUACAAGGGAUUGAACCAGAGUAUCAAGUUCAACCUCGGAAAGCCAUUCAGACCUUUCCAGCAGCUGAUGGCAGUAUUGCCUGAGAGAUCCAAGAACCUGAUACCAACUGUGUACAGGCCUCUGAUGUAUGAUCCAAAAUCGCCAAUUGCGGACUUUUACCCCAGCGAAGUUGAGUUAGAUAAAAACGGUAAAACUGCUGAUUGGGAAGCGGUUGUAAAACUUUCAUUUGUUGACGAAAAUAGGCUUAUAGAAGCAAUGGCUCCUUAUGACGAAAAGCUGACCCCAGAAGAGAAGAGAAGAAACAGUUUUGGCACUGAUCUUGCUUUUGUUUUUAACCCUCAAGUCGACGAUGUCUACAAGUCGCCACUGAGUGGUAUCUUUUCCGAUAUUGAGCACAACCACUGUACAGAGCGCGAGUUUGUCCCUGAUUCUAUGGAAGGGCUAGACUUUUUAUUUGGCCUUCCAACAGGCGCAAAGUUGGGUGUCGAGGCUUUAGCAGGCUUCCCCACUUUGAAAACACUUGCUUUUGACAAUAAGUUAGAUUACAACGGGUGCAUGAUAUUUCAGCAACCUUCAAGACAACAAUCAAUGCUUUUGAGUAUUCGAGACGCAUACAAAGCAGGAAACUUGACUUUAGAUGAAGUCGCCAAGACACAUCUAGGUAAAGUCAUCUACACGAGAUGGCCUAACUUGAGGGAGUCAAAACUUCUCUCUAUCACUGACGGAAAAACUACUUUCGAAGCUUCAGAGUAUACUGACGCGAGAGGCAUUCAUCAUAUUAAGAUAUCACAAAAGCAAACAGAAGAGGCCGAAAGAAAGCUUUUCAACUCACAAAAGUCAAGCAUGAUGAGAACCUACUCUAUCAACAGGGGUGUCAUUCUCGACAACAUUCGUGCUAUUGUCAAGGUUGUCCCAGUGAAUGGAUUGACCAGAACUAUCGAAGGCGCCUAUACCAAGACUUUCUCUCCGGUUGAGGAGUACUACCCAUUGCAGUUGGUCGUCGAAGAUGUCGAGAACAAAGAUGAAAGAUUUAUGGAAAGACCACCAUUGCCAAUUGACGAGGAGUUCCCUCAAGGAUCGGACGUAAUCUUCUUGGGUGACUAUGCUUAUGGUGGGAAGGCCACUAUUGACGGCUACAGUAGCCCCACAAGGCUAAAGCUGACUGUCGAAAAGAGUGUUACCAAGUCAGAGCCCAACGUUGGGAAAGUGAGGGCAAAACUAGACGAGAAAAUGAUUCGCUACUACCCUUCUUUCGUUGUUGCCAAAAAGCUUCAAAUUCACCCCCUGUUCUUGUCAAGAAUAACUUCGAAAUUUUUGGUCAGUGGGCUAAAGGAUAAGUCAGUAGACUUUGGUCUGAAGAUCAAAUUUGAGUCACGCCACGAGAAGGUGUUGGGGUACGCCAGGCGGAAUGUUAGAGGCUGGGAGUACUCAGACAUGACAGUUGCCCUGUUGUCCGAGUACAAAAGGAACUUCCCAGACCUCUUCAGCAAACUUUCGGAUGCUGGAAGAGACGUGCCAAGCAUCAGUAAGCUUUACCCAGGAGUCGAUGCUAACGAUUUGAGAAAAUUGAUUGACGAUGUAUCCUCUUGGCUCAAAAACGUUAGACAAAACUUUGUUACUGUCUCUUUAGAAAGUGAUUCUUUGACGAAAGCUUCUAUGAUUGCUGUUGAGGAUGCAAUUGAGAAAUACGUUACAAACCCUGUAGAUGUUAGCAAGAAGCAACUCGCCAAAGUUCCUCGGGAGGCCGUGCUAGAUCCAAAAGAAUCGUUCUCCCUUUUGCGUACCCAAAAGUUUGAUUUGGGAGAUAGGGUUAUCUACAUCCAAGAUUCAGGAAAGGUUCCAUUAUUUUCAAAGGGAACUGUCGUGGGCUACACGACAAUAGGCCCCAAGCUUUCGAUCCAGGUUCUUUUCGACCACGAAAUUGUAGCUGGUAACAAUUUUGGCGGGAGACUUAGAACGAAAAGAGGACUAGGACUUGAUUCAUCCUUCCUUCUAAAUCUGAGCAACAGGCAAUUCAUCUAUCAUUCAAAGGCCUCUAAAAGCGCUAAAGAAACAGGUAAAAACAAUGGCAAAGCUCCCAAGAAAAAUUCCGAAAAGGGCGGACAUGCCAAGUCGGCUACACCGCCUACAGAAGACUUGAAGAAAAAGCAGGCGCACGAACUGCUCACUCACAUCCAGAAGAAGGAGCCUAGUUCUGGUAACAAAGAGAAUAGCGAUACUAAUACCAGCCAGGGCAGGGAUGCCAAUAAGGUCAACCCUCAGGUUGGCUCUCAGGAUGAUAGAGUCAUUGCCAAUAACAUUUACAAUGCAGUUUUCAAUCAAUUUUCAGGGCCGGGUACUGCUGCCCCACCUCAACAGUUCCCACACGGGCUUCCUUACAAUGCCCAUGCUUCUGGGGCUGUUCCUCCGCAGUUCGUCGGAAAUUUCGCACCUCCAGGUUAUUACCCAAUGCCACCUCAGGCCGGCAUUCCUAUCAUGUCUCCGGUUAUGAACGGCCAAGGUCAACAGAUACCAGUCAACGCACUUGGGACCCAGCAAGUAGCUGAAUUGCUCAAAAAGAGGGAUGGCGCUUCUCCGGAAAUGAAUUUUGCUGCUCCUAACGGAGAGAACUUUGAGCCUGCAGACCAUAAUGGCCAUGGUUUGCCUUCUAGGGGCCGCGGCUAUUCUGGUCGUGGAAGAGGUUCUGGCAGAGGCAGAGGUAGAGGCAGAGGCAGCGGUAGAGGAAGAGGCUCCUUCAGAGGAAGAGGGAGUGAUAGAAGUGGCGUAAUUGCUGCUGAGCAAUAA